UUUUUUUCUAUAGAAUCUUAAGCUAAUCUUAAACUAAGUGAAUAUUAACAUUAACAUAAAUAAAAAAAUUUUACCACCACCACUACGGCUCCAACUCCACCUACACACACAUACCAUUUCCAGAUGAGGAGGGCCUAUCACCGUCAUGAUGGGGGGCUCCCUCCCUCUCUGUGCCCAGUUAUAAACACCAAGUUGCGAAAUUUCUCUUUAUUAAAAUCAGGCUCAUCUCUUUCUCUCUAUAGCAUGCGGUUAUAUUGAAUAGGAAAGCUUUAAACUGCAUUCAAUAUAUCGACGAUAUUUUCGCGAGGUCAAGCGAAACAAAAUGGGGAGAGUGAACGUGUGGUUGAAACGGAGUUACAUUAUCGUGAUAAGUGUGAUCGCGUACAUGGGAACUGGAUUGCGCAACAUGUGGUUUUGCUUGUUUGUGUUUCCCUCCAGAUCCUGAGUGCCCUGCUGUUGGCUUUCACUCUGUUUAGCCACGGAUACUUCCACGAAAAUGAAGAGAUAGAUCGGAUGAUCACAGGCCUACGUGUCUUGUAUGGUAUAUCAAUCAUAACUCUGCUCUUGGCCAUCACUGGUCUGUAUGGUGCCUGCAAAGAGAAGCAGUGGGCGUUAAUAGUGUUUGCAGUUGGAAUGAUCCUGAACAGUCUGUUCAUGAUUGCAUGUAAUAUUGGAGGAGUGGCUUCACGACCACAGGUGCGUAAAGAUCUGAAGAUGCAAUACCUGCACAUGCUGCCGCUGGCUAAUGCUAGUGAGAAUGUUAUAGACAGCCUCGACAAAGUACAGAUGGAAUGGCAGUGUUGUGGACUGGAUCAGGGCUACCUGGAUUGGGGCUACAACAUCUCAGAAUCCUGCCUGUGCACCGAAGAGUCCACUAAUCCAUGUGUGGCAGCUCCAAGAAACAGCAGUCUGUUUGAGCAUGUGGUCAGUGACGAACCCAUCAUGAUUUAUAAAGAGCCAUGCCUUCCAUACUUGAUUGCAUAUGUGGUGAAUGCCAUAAAUGCUACAUUGGGCGUAUUGCUGGGAGUCAUAUUACUCUGGGUAGUGUCAGUAGUGUUGUGUAUUGCCAUCUUGUGUCGGCUGAGUCGGAAGGAAGAUACCCCUACAGUGGUCUACAGUCCAGAGGCAAAAGAAGGCAACUACACUGUUCUUGCAGGUGCUACAGAGUACACCUGAUUUCUUAGUUUUUAUUUUUGGCUGCUCUUCACAAUGGUGGAGGUCAUCGUGUCAGCAUAUUUAGCAGUUGAGAAAAACAUUGGGAACAAUGGGAUUGCUACAAGGAUCCAUAGUGCAUUUAUUAUGCCUGAAUAUAUCAGAAGAUGCAUCCAACAAGUGAAGUUGCAUGAAAAACAAGUGCAUUUUUAUUUAUUUCUUAUUUAAUUUAUUUUUUGGGUAGGUUUUCUUUGGCUCUCUAAGCCUUUGUUCAUUUUUGUCACCCCUGAAGAUGUAUGUUUUUUUUGUCACUGACAAUCAAAGAAGAUGAUGAAAACUAAGAUACAUAAGCUGCAUGCCAAGUCUGAGUCCAGUUACAGAAUAAUGGAACAUUUUUCACUGUCUUCAAUGGGCAUCAAACAGUUCAAAUAAGAAGUGAAGUGUGUUAACCAACGAUCACAUUUGAACUCGCCAGUGGUAUUUUCAUCCCAGAGUGGAAUCGUAAUUUAGCACAUUUUAUCCAAGAUGUAAGGAAUAGAGUAAAUAAUUCAGAUAAGAUGGUUAAAGAAAAUGUGGUUCCAGAAUCAAAAGCACUGAUGAAAAUAUGCAGAGUGCAGAAAUAUUUACUGUACGUUCUGGAUGUAAACUUUGGUUGUUGUUUUUUUUUCAAUGACAUUUUAAUUAAAGAAGCUACUGGAGUA